AUGGCGACGGCCCAACCCCCGUGCCAGGAGCCCACCAUUCCCUCCACCUUAUCCCAGGGAUAUGCCCGAGCGCUCCAUGCCGCCACCCACCACCCUUCCCCUCGUCCCCAAAACCCCCUUCUCCCGCCGGCGUGCGGCGAUGGGCGGCGGCGGGGUGUUCCUCCUGCAGGGAUGGCGCUCUCGGUGCUGGUGAUCCUGCUGCUCUCCGUGCUUUACGAAGCGGUGAAGAUGGGCAAAGCCGUGCUGCUGCGGCGGGCGCUGCUGGCGCUGCCCCGCAGCCUCAGCCGGGAGUCGCUGGUGGAGCCGGAGGAGGGGGACACCGCCCCCCCGCAGCGCAGGUGGUUUCGGUACCACGUCGGCCAGACGCUGUUCCACAUGGUGCAGGUGGUGCUGGGCUACAUGGUGAUGUUGGCCGUCAUGUCCUACAACGCCUGGAUCUUCCUCGGGGCCAUCGCGGGCUCCACACUGGGCUAUUUCGUGGUGUACCCCCUGCUCGGUCGGGGCUAA